UUUUGGGAAGCGUUUCGGUUGCAGUUAAAACAGAAUAAAAACUUGCAUUCAGUGAUGCCAUCUCUCUUCCGCACGUUGCUAUUGGCUGUUGCCUCGAUUGGAAUAACGCAAACGCGCCAUGUGAACGCCACAGAAUUGGUAAAGCCUCGAGUGACGUCAUUAAUGUCAACGGGGGUUGCUCGCAAUGAAAGCAUCUAUAAUUACAACAAUUCCACCAGCCUUGCCGAAGAGGGCGCAAACGCCGUUUCAUCGCAGCAGCAGGCAGCACUUGCGGUUACAAGGCAAGAGUAUUUGAGCCUUGAGGACCACGGCAACGACGAAACUUCCACUGUCUACAUCAAUUCACCGACGAGUGUAGUUCAGGACUGGAGUUUGGUGUGUCAGCAGCUCUGCGGAGCUGGCCUAGGUGGCGCGCCAUGCGCUUCCUACUGCCACAGCAGCGAGACGCCGUCGCUCCUACCAGCAUUUGAUGCCAGCAAAGAAGAGAUUUGUGAGGAUCUUUGUAGGCUGCAGCUGGGUGACGUUAGUUGCAGCUGCUCGGCUGAUGGGGCGUCACAAACGGCUUCCGAAAACAAUUGGGGCGAUGAUGUGUGCAGCAGCUUUUGUGACCAUAGCGCGGCGACAUUGGAUGGCUGUAGCCCCUGCAUGGACGAUAAGGAAGUAACAUUUCAAAAAGCUGUGGUCGUAACUACAACGCCAGACUGGACAAAGUUGUGUGCCGCUCUCUGUAAAACUGGCGAUGGCGGGUCUUUGUGCAAUUGUGAUUUGGUGCCAUUUCUUUAUAGGAUCUAGCAGAGCGACGAAUUGGCAUGCAACAUUCACCAUGGAAAUACCAACAAACAGGACUCGGGCUCAAAUCGAUAGGUCAUUGGUCUAAAAUUUCCUGAAAUUGUACCUGGGACGUGAAAUGUUGCUAACUUUUUUCCAACUCUGUGCGAUCUCUUAAUUAAAAUUUAUUUCGACGUCGACAACAACUGUUUCAACUUAUUGGUAUAUAAAAUGUUUACUGGCUUGACAUACACACAGCCAUGCGUAGCCAUAAUGACCACUAAACUAUAUUACAUUAAUGAAAGCAUCCAUAUUUGAGUUUAUGUUCUAUUUUUAUGAAAAUAUUAAUUGUCUUUAACUUUAAUAAAUUAAAAGGCGCUUUGUUGUUCACUUAAGUGGCUCAGCGUCAGCCUUUUUGUUCUGUUUCGCUUUUGCACUAAAGUACGGCUAUGAGGAGAGGCAUUGAGAGUAAGGAGAAAAGAAAUGCAAAAAUAAAUAAAAAGUGAAAAAAAAACCAAAACUAAUCCCUAUGCGAAUCAAUUAAUUUGUAAUUAAUUUGAAUUAUAGUUAAAGAAAAAGAAACAGAAGAAACAGCGUUAAAAUGACGAAGAAUCAUUACAAAAACAAUUAUAGGCAUAAUGAUACAGUAAAUAGCAAAUGCACUUACGCAGAGAUGUAGGCGAAUAUAUACAUAUAUAAACACAUGCAUACCUAUGUAUACAUCUAAAAAAGCUUAAGUGUAACUACAUGCAAUUCAUGCAUAAAUAUUCCAUAUACAUACACAUACAGUUGCUUGCACAUAUAUUGUACAAGCACAUACAUAUACUCAAUAGUUAUCAGCUUUCUGUUCAAGUUCGUGUUGCACAAUUUUCGAAGGAAAUUACCGAAGAAAAUAAGAACAACAAAAUCACCAAAGGGCUUCCAGGAUGCCAGCAUGGAACUUGCGACUUAUGCUACGCGUAAGUGGAAGACAAUGUCCAGCUGGCAUACAAAUCUCAGAGUGUAGAAUAAAAGUAGGUUAAAAAAAAUGUUAAAAGCGCAGCAAUUCGAGAUUUUGUGCAACGGUUAGAAAACAAUUCAUUAUUCGGUUUUUUUCGCCUGUGUUUAAUGGAAAAGGUUUUUUUUUUAUUAUAUUUUUGUGUUUAAAAAAGUGGCGGAACAAUUCAAUUUGGCCCGUUAUAAUAAUUUGGCCUAAAAUAAAAAAAAUAAGGUGUUAUGUCCAAGGAUUAUUUUCAAAAUUUGCUCACUUAAUUGAAUACAAACUAUUGCCCGCGUUAUAACGAAAUUCUGCACCCAAAAUAAAUCUGAAAAAAGUAAUAAACGAAAAAUAGGUCUAUUAUUUUAGUUAACAAAUUGAACUAAGCAUAAAAACGAUGAAUAUAAACUUUUUUGUAGUAAUAUUAAGAGACUUUGGAAGAUAAACAUACAUAUAAAUAGAAAUUUAAAGAAAAAACCCAGAAAAACGUUUUGGAAGACAUUUUUCAUUUCUGCGAAAAGUAAACUUUUCGAAAAGUCCGUGCAUUUGAAACCAUGACGGGAUUUUAACUUUUGGAAGACAAAGCUGUACACUUUAAAUAUAAUAUUUGAGUAAAUGACCCAUGCAAAUGUAAAAGUUAUAUAUUAAUACACUUAUAUAUAUAUAUAUAAAUACAUAUGUAUAUGUACAUGCCUAUAAAAGAAAUGGUAAAUAUUCAAAAAAUACUUAAGGGGGAUUACACAAAAUAUUACCUUUACUUAGCCAAAUUAUUCAAAAUAUUAAACAAAUACGUAUAUGAAUGUAAUAAUACACACACAAAUAUGCACAGUUAAUGUAUGUGUUUAGGCCGAAAUUAAAGUUAUUAUUUAAUUUUGGUGAUAGCUCCAACCAAUAGGCACAGCUUUCCAAAUACUGCAAUCACAUCCGCGGUUAGAAGGGGCAGGUGUGCCAUUUUGGCUGAAAUCCACGCUGUGACUGACAAUAAAGGCAAAUUCUUCGGGCACAACAGACUCCAGUGGCUAGCUAAAGUCCGGAGCUGUUUCCGAGAAUUUCCAUCACAACAUAGCGCUAAGUAAAAUAUAAAUACAUACGUAUAUAACAACAACAAUCGCAUAAAUUCAAUUAAUAAAUGUUAGUUGGGUGAAACUACAUAUAUGAGUAAAAUAAAUGCACAUCUAUGAAUGUAAUAAGUUUGUAUAAAUUAUAUAAAUAGCACACAAAGGGCAAAACCAGCAGAAGACAUAAUGUAAAAUAGAAAAAAAAAAAAAUACAAAUACAAAUAGAAAAUAGUCGUUUUCGGUUUUUCA